UUAUUAAUAUUUGGGGCUUAAUUGUUAAAAAAUUAGGAAUUAAAAGAUGUCAGAGAGAAAAGUUUUAAAUAAAUAUUAUCCCCCAGACUUUGAUCCAAGUAAAAUUGUAAGAUUACAGAAGGGAUCGGAUAGGAAAGGUCCUAGACAACAGACGGUUCGGUUAAUGACGCCAUAUUCUAUGAAAUGUAAUACAUGUGGAGAAUAUAUCUAUAAAGGACGAAAAUUCAAUGCAAGAAAAGAGAAUUCAGGAGAAAGUUAUUAUUCUAUACCUAUAUUUAGGUUCUAUAUUAGAUGUACUAGAUGUUCUUCAGAGAUUACGUUCAAAACAGACCCGAAAAAUGCAGAUUAUGCAGCAGAAUAUGGUGCAUCUAGGAAUUUUGAGCCAUGGAAAGAGAAGAAAGAAGAGAAAAAUGAAGAAGAUCGACUUGAUGAAUUAGAAGAAGAAGAAAAUGCUAUGACAGCUUUAGAACAUAAAACAAUAGAUAGUAAAAUUGAAAUGGAAAUAUCAGAUGCACUUGAUGAAAUUCGCACACGAAAUGCACAACGGGAAAGAUUAGGGCCAGAUCAAGCCCUCGAAAAAAUAGAAAAUGCCAAAAAACAGCCUUCUGAAGAAGCUAUUCAAGAAGAAUUAGAACGAAAAAAAGACUUGGAAAUCGCUCGUUCUAUUUUCAACUCUGAAGAUUCUAUUGUUCGUCGAAUUACUGACGAACAAACUCCAACUCCUCAAAUGCUUCUUUCUCAAUCUUCAAAAAACUUUCAAAUACCUGAUUUCAAAACACCUUGCAAACGAAAAUUAUCUACUUCUCUUGGCAUUAAGAAAAAAAAACUAGGAAUCAUAUAAAACUCAUCUACGCUACUUAUUACACCUUUUAUACUUCUUUUUCAU